UUCGAAGCGCGCUUAAUACCUACAGAAGUGUCACUCCUUUGCAUCACAAUUUUAUUUUUUAAUAAAUAUCUUUUUAAUUUUUAAUAGUGGCAACGAUAACGUUCGUUCCAUUUUGUUUUAAUAAAUUUCUUUUUAUUUUUUAAUAGUGGCAACGAUAACGUUCAUUCCUUCAUGUUUUAAUAAAUUUCUUUUUAAUUUUAACAGUGUCAGCGAUAGAGUAAAAAGUAUUUCAUCGCUUCAUUUAUGAUUUAAUGUUUUUUUAUUUUGCGCAUUGGCAAUGUGUGCCUAAAUAUGUAAUGUUGGAAAAGUUAAGAAUAUUAUUUUAUGUGUUGAUGACUUUAUUUAUACCGUACUUACUGCAAGAAUACAUUGCAGCUAUUUUAAUUAAUAAAAUUAAUAAUUGUAAUUGUAAAUAUUGUAAUAAUUAAGGAAUGGAGAUAUACGUUCUGUUUUUAAUUAUAUUAUUUUUUAAUUUGAGUUGUAUUGCUGCUGAAUUAAGUCUUAGGUUUGUUUUCAUAAUUGAAGCCCAGGAUCAAGAUUUGCCCCAGCAAAUUGGAAGAGCGUUGAGGCUGGUUGAGGAGCAGCACCCAGAGAUCAAGGUUGCUGAUUCCGUGGUGUUCCUAGAUAGGGAAAAUGAAGAUGAGAGUUCAAGAAGACUUUGCGCCUCCCUUUCAAAGGGAGCGUCCAUGAUAAUCGACGUCUCGUGGUACCCUUGGGAGGUGGCAGCACAGCUGGCCGUGGACUCAGGGUUGCCGUUAGUGAGGACUCUCCUCGGCUCACAGCAGCUGUUGACAGCCCUGGACAGUUACCUGGAGUCGAGAAAUGCCACCGACGCUGCUAUACUCUUGGAGAGUGAAAGUGACGUGGAUAGAACGCUGUAUCAACUCCUCGGAGGGUCGAAUGUUCGAGUGUGGGUGCACGCUGGUCUCACCAGAGACUCCGCUAGAGCGUUGAAGACCAUGCGACCGGAGCCGAGCUUCUACGCUAUUGUGGGGGGCAAUGGGUUUGUUAUGGAUACAUAUAGAAGGGCCGUCAAAGAGAAGUUAGUCCGCCGGGACUAUCGCUGGAACCUGAUCUUCACGGACUACACUGGUAACAACGUGGAUCUAUCCCAGUUGGUACUGCCCACGGCGGUGCUGUACGUAGACCCUGCAGAAUGCUGCAAGAUCUCCAGUCGGCGUGAGGAUUGCAGUUGUCCUGCUGAUUUGCAGAGAUCCCAACUAGUCCUCAACUCCUUCAUUCAAUAUAUAGUAGAAGUCUACUCGAGGCUGGAUCACGACCUUGCCACCCUAACUUCUACCGUAGACUGUGACAAGAUCCAGGGUUGGGAGAUGAAUGUCACAAGAGACCGGUUGUACAGACAGUUCGCUGAAGAUGCUGAGAUGAGCAAUGAGACGGUUUUCUAUUGGGAUGGUGAGAGAUCAGGCCUCUUCCUGCGUUCCCGCUUCGUCCUCUCCAUGUAUAAGCCUGAUGAAGACCUGCAGACUGUAGCCACCUGGUCAGCAGACGAGGAGUACCGCCUUCUGCAGGGUGUUGUAUUAGAACCCUUGAAAUCCUUCUUCAGGAUUGGAACCUCUUCUGCUAUACCUUGGACUCUACCAAAGAUCGACCCCGAGUCAGGGGAGCCCAUGUUGAACGAAGACGGCCAACCGAUCUACGAAGGGUACUGCAUUGACCUCAUCGCUAAAUUGUCUGAAACCAUGAAUUUUGAAUACGAGAUCGUGACACCAAAGUCGGGCACGUUCGGCACGAAACUACCGAACGGCUCCUGGGACGGUAUUGUGGGCGAUUUGGUGAGAGGGGAGACAGAUUUGGCGGUAGCAGCUCUAACCAUGACUGCCGAGAGGGAAGAAGUCAUUGACUUCGUGGCUCCAUACUUCGAGCAGACUGGAAUACUAAUUGCAAUCCGCAAGCCAAUACGGAAGACGUCUCUCUUCAAGUUCAUGACGGUGCUCCGGACUGAGGUGUGGCUCAGUAUCGUGGGUGCUCUGGUGCUGACAGGCUUCAUGAUCUGGCUACUGGACAAAUACUCCCCAUACUCGGCCAGGAACGACCCGGAUUCUUAUCCGUACCCUUGCAGAGAAUUCACACUGAAGGAGAGUUUUUGGUUCGCCCUCACCUCUUUCACCCCACAAGGCGGCGGGGAAGCACCUAAGGCGCUGUCGGGGAGGACCCUGGUGGCUGCUUACUGGCUGUUCGUGGUGCUCAUGCUAGCCACCUUCACGGCUAACUUGGCUGCCUUUCUGACCGUUGAGAGAAUGCAGACCCCAGUGUCGUCUCUGGAGCAGCUGGCGAGACAGUCCAGGAUCAAUUACACCGUGGUGGAAGGAUCCACUGUACAUCAAUACUUUAUUAAUAUGAAAUUCGCCGAGGACACACUGUAUAGAGUAUGGAAGGAAAUAACUCUGAAUGCGACAUCUGACCAGGCGCAGUACAGAGUAUGGGAUUACCCCAUCAGAGAACAAUACGGGCAUAUAUUAUUAGCUAUAAACGCCACAGGGCCAGUGCCUGACGCGAAGACAGGCUUCGAUCAAGUCAACGAGCAUACAGAUGCGGAUUUUGCUUUUAUUCAUGAUUCAGCUGAAAUCAAAUACGAAGUGACCAGGAAUUGCAACCUGACAGAAGUAGGCGAAGUCUUCGCUGAGCAGCCGUACGCGUUGGCCGUCCAGCAAGGGUCCAGAUUGCAGGAGGACCUGUCCAAGGCGCUGCUUGGACUGCAGAAGGAGAGGUUCUUGGAGCAGCUGGCUUCGAAGUAUUGGAAUGACACAGCGCGCCAGGCGUGCCCUGACGCUGACGAGUCCGAAGGAAUCACACUGGAGAGCUUGGGCGGCGUCUUCAUAGCGACUUUAUUCGGAUUGGGGCUUGCGAUGAUCACCCUCGCUUGGGAGGUAUUUUACUACAAGAGGAAAGAAUCGAACAAGGUCCAAAUGCUGGAGGCCAAUAUGGAAAAACCGGCGGAAAACAAGAAGAGUUUAGAGACGAAAACGGACAAUUUCACUAAAAUCAGAAAGAGAGACGUCAAAGGUGGUAAAAAGAGUGGUAAAGUGACAAAAGGUGGUAAAAACGUUACCAUCGGUGAUACGUUCAAGCCGGCAGCCGAGAAGAUCUCUUUUAUAAGUGUCUACCCCAAAGGUGGUUAUAGGCCGUAAAAUGAGGGUACAGUGGUAUAACACCUUAGUCCUCAGGAAUGGCAACGCAUGGGGGGUAUCAUGGGCGAAACAGUUUACUCUGUUAUGUCCACGGUACUACUCAUGUCUAUAGGCGACGGUUACCACUUUCCAUCAGGUGGGCCGUCAGCUUGUUUGCCAUUCUAAGUUGUAUAAAAAAAAAAGAAAAGAUCACACAAAUGUCUGAUUAUCCCAUUUAAGUUUUUAUAAAUUAUAUAUAAACAUUUUUUUUUUUGUUUAAAUUCAAUCGUAAUUCAAUAUUGUUCUUGCGUGUGGUGAAAACAAGUAGAUUGUGUAAUAUUGCACAAAAAAAUAACCGACUUCAAUUGUGGAAAAACCGGUUUUGAUUUAAAAAUUAAAUUACUAAACUGAUUUUGACGAAACUCUUAUGGGACUAAAUUGAAAGUAUUCUAAAAUCAUGCAUUCAAAUAAAAAAUAAUUUUUCAAAACUGUUUACAAAUAACAGAGUUUGAAAGUGACAAAUAUAAAAGAAAUACAAAUGUAUUGUACCUCCUCCUAUUUUGAAGUCGGAUAAAUAUAUAAGCCUUAGAAAAUCUAUUAAUAAAACAAUAUAUAAAUAA